AUGGCCAGUAUUGGAGCUCUCUUCUUUCUUCUCCCCUUGGCGUGGGCAUGUGCUCCCCAAAAAGCUGAUUAUGUUAUGGUCUCAUGUUUUCCCAAUGCCAUCAUUGCAAAUGUUCCGGAGUGCCCGUAUGGUUGGGAGAUUGCUCAGCUUUCUCUGGGGGGUGUGUGCUACACAGGCGUCAACACCCCAGGAUUUUACCGCUUUACAAUCCCCGACCUGACUCCCAAAAACCACUCCUACUGCGGGACCCUCUCAGAGUAUGUUGGAGGUAAAGACCCAAAGUAUGUUUUCUACAACUCCAUAGUGUCCAACGACUCGUCGCUGACGGUCAGAAACCAACCGGUCAACUACACGUUCAGCUGCACGUACAGAGCGGCUUACCUGGUCAACAACGCGGUCUUCAGUCAGAGAGUGGCAACAGUUUAUGUCAACAACGGGAGUUUAGGUUCUUUUAAGUCUCAGUUGUCUAUGAACGUAUUCACGAACUCAAAGUUUCUCUAUGCCAAAGAUGCUCCCUAUGUGAUUGACACAUCAGAGAUUGGCUCUGAGGUCUUCAUUGGGAUUGAGGCGAAGGGGCUGAGCAACAGAUUCAAAGUCGUAAUAACAAACUGCUGGGCAACACCUACUCCUUACUCUACAGAUCGAAAACGGUGGAAUCUAAUUAAAAACAGUUGUUCCUCUGACAGUACGGUGACUAUAUUUGAGAAUGCCAAGGACAGUCGAUCCAUGUUCAAAUUCAAUUCAUUCCGCUUUCAACGACUGGAAAAGGUAUCCACUGUCUGGCUGCACUGUGACAUCCAAGUAUGUGAUGGAGAGAAACUGUACUGUCAGCCAACACCUUGUGCCUCAAGAAGUGCUUUAUCAGAACCUGAGCUGGACCCUAACGGAGGCAUUCUUACAAUGGAGUUUCAAGUCAGAGCACAACACUCCUCCAGUUACACACAUCUUGGCGGCACCGUGCUAUGUGUACUGUGUGUACUCCUGCUGAAUGCAUUGUUGGGUUGCAACAACUCCUAA